GGAUGAUUUCUCAACCAAUUGGCUUUAACUCAAUAGGAUUAAGUAAUAACAACACGUACAAAAGACAAAAGUUUUGAAAAAAAACUAGAGGACAAAACAUGUUACUACAAAACUGGUGGGUGUGUUCGUGUACAAAAAAGUGAUGGACCAUGCUCUACUCUAGUGAACGCGUGUUUUGUAAACUGUGGUCGGCAGGUAUGAAAAUGUAGAUACGUAUGAUUAUUGAUUAACUAUGAUGAUGGUUGGAUAUCUAAUCUAACUUGUGGGUCAACUAACAUUCUAUUCGAGUCUAGGUCCAGAGUUGUUGGAUCCACGGUUUUUUUAUAUAAUAUUUUCAGCCCUAACUAUGUUUUGGAUAAUUCCAUAAUCACCGCAUAUAUUUUUUGUAUUUGUUGAAACGUUUCCUGUUAUAUACUCUCUCUGUUUUUAAAAGAUGCAUAUUCUAGACUUUUCACAUAUAUUAAGAAAACUCAUUAAAUAUGCAUUGUUUUUUGUAAAUAACAAUUUUCCAUAACUUUAAACCAAUAGAAAUUCAACAAACACCAUUAAGUUUUUUGAAACUUACACUUUUUCAUAAAAUCAUACAUUGAAAAAGUAAAAAAUAUAUCUUUUUAAAACAAAUUUUUUUUCUAGAACAUACAUCUUUUAGGAACGGAGAGAGUAUUAAUUAUUACUUCUCUUGCUUGUUCCUCGACAUUUAUAUCACGCUCUUCAUUUAUUUGGGUUGACACGUUUUGGGAUUGAAAGUUGAAACAAAUAGAAAUAAUAUAAUGACACGUAGAAUUAAUAGUCAAAUUUCGAAAAGAUACAAUCAAACUUAAUGCAUAGUCAUAUCAUUUCCAAUAUAGAGAUUUCCAAAUAGUUGAACUUAUGGAGAUUCGAGUUUUAAAUCCUCUUCCAACGGAAGUUGAAUAUAGAGAAUACAAUUCAAAACUCUUAUGAAAUCACUAGGCCAACCCCACAUUGGUGAUUCGAGUUAUUUGAAAUUUUAAACAAUCAUAUAAUGUCUAGAAGAAGAAAAACAAUUGAAUUAGUAGGUUAUUGCAUUGUAUAGUACGCGGUAACAUAUUGGUCGUAUUGUAUGGUGGACAAGAACAUAUCAUUUCGUGAUACUCACGAAGCCAAUUCUAGAGCUUUGGGUUACCGUAUGACCCGUUCCUAGUGUUUCAAGUUGAGCUUACUGAUUAAAUAAUUGGUAGCCACACGCUUGAUAAAUUUUUGAAUCAACGAAACAUAUCGAGGGUAGUUAUAAGAAAAUUGGUGGAAUACACAUGUUAGAAUACUGAAAGAUAACGGGAAAAUAGGUAUAGUAAGCCGAUAUAGGUAGAAAACAAUUAUUUAUUUUUGUCAAGUUUAGUUUACCUGUUUAUUUAAACUUGUAAUAAAUUAAUAAUUUAAUCAUUUUAAAAUCAAUUAAUACUUUGGUCUUUUUCAUGUUUAACUAUGCGAUCAAGAUUUCAAUCAUUUGGUAAAAGAUUUGUUUUUUUUUUAAUAUAAAUUUGAGUUUGAAAAAAAAAGGAAAAGAACUAGGGUCAUCCGUCUUCAUAGAUGCAUCAAGAUACUACUACUUGGUCACCUGGAACAUGUCAUAUUGACUAGCUAGAAUUGAGGAGACGACCCAGUAGUAUUUAUUUUGUUGACAUUGCAAGUAAUCAUUUAUAUAAAUGUAUAUUCCUAACAUAAUUAGAAAUCAAAUUGCUAUUCAUCAAAUAUUAUAUACAAAAUAGGCUUUACUUUAUUAUAUAAGAUGUAUAUUAAAAAAAAAGAUUCUACAUUACCAGCCGGGAACAUGUAAGUAAUAUUGACUUGCUAUAGGAUAGGAAGACGAAGAUCAAAUUCUAACAAUUAUAUAUAUAUACCAAGUAGUAUAUGAUACUAAGUAAUUAUCAUCAGAUAAUUACUUAUUCCUAAAUAUCAUCAGAAACAUGUAUUUUCACUCAUAAUAUACAUGUAACUUACGAAUUAAGAUAAUGAUUGUUUUUCUCAUGUAACUGAAAAACGCGUGAUAGUAGGUAAACUUUAAACAUAGUCGAAACUUAUCACCUCGAUAAUUAUACUGGUAUUGGGUAUUGACGAUUGACUAAACAUUUGUAUGCGUCAAUUAUUAUUUUUAUCUAAUCAAAUUAUUAUUACAGGUGACAAAAGAAAAUCAAAUAUUUUUGGAUAUGAUUUAGAUACUUUCCUCGUAUUAGUCCAUGACAGAUCAUAUGUUGGCACUUGGCAAAUAGCUGAAUAAUUAACACAUCAGCACGGUAGAAAAUAUUCUGACCGUAGAUGAAAUUAGUGUACCUUUUUUUUGUUUUUUUAAGUUAAACUAAGUAAAAAAUCUUUUAAUUAAUCAAUCUCAAUUAAAUAAAAUUAAUAAAUUCCAGCAGUUUUAGGAACAUAUAUAUAAACCAAAAAAGCAUCGAAACGGCUAUAAUUGGCGUUACAGUUUUCCUUAAACGAGAGGGAUUAAGAGAGUUUUUCUCGGAUAUCUAUUUUUAUAUCCGAGUUUCUGAGAAUUUUUUUGAUUUGUGGUGGCUUCAACGGGAGGCUUCAACGGGAGGCUUCUUGACCAAAAAAAUUCCAGAGAAAAGACGUUUAAUUUUCUUGUGUGUCAACUCAAAAUCAUGUCGGAUGGAUACUCUUAUAGUUCGAAGAAAACUGACGAUAUCUGCGAAGAUGUUUGUGCUCAGGACGGUUCACGAGCAGCCAAGGCCUUGUCAAGAGUCAGGUGCUUACUACGAGGACUCGAUUUCAAAACCUACAUCCUCUUCUUCACCCUCGUUCCCUUACUCAUCUUCGGAGCCUACCUCCACGGUCAGAAGCUCACCUACUUCUUACGACCCCUCUGGCAAUCCCCGCCCAAACCGUUUCACACCCUCCCUCACUACCACCACGUCAACGUCUCCAUGCAAACCCUCUGCGCCCUCCACGGCUGGACCCACCGCGACACUCCUCGACGCGUCUUCGACGCCGUGCUCUUCAGCAACGAGGUCGACAUGCUCACCAUCCGAUGGAAAGAGCUCCACCCUUACGUGACGCAGUUCGUAAUCCUCGAGUCCAACUCCACCUUCACCGGUUUGCCUAAACCGUUGGUUUUCGCCGCGAACCGGGAAAGUUUUGAUUUCGUGGAGCCGAGGCUGACGUACGGGAGCGUCGGAGGGAGGUUCAAGAGAGGUGAGAAUCCUUUUGUCGAAGAAGCUUACCAGAGGAUCGCGUUGGAUCAGCUGAUAAGACUCGCGGGGAUUCAAGAAGACGAUCUGUUGAUAAUGUCUGACGUGGACGAGAUCCCUAGCGCUCAUACCAUCAACCUCCUUAGAUGGUGCGAUGGUUACCCGCCGGUUCUUCAUCUUCAGUUAAAAAACUAUUUAUACUCGUUUGAGUAUUACGUGGACAACAAAAGCUGGAGAGGUUCUGUGCAUCGGUACAUCCCCGGGAAGACGCGGUACGCUCAUUUCCGACAAGGAGAUGUUCUUUUGGCGGACUCUGGUUGGCACUGCAGUUUCUGUUUCAGGCGCAUUAGCGAGUUUGUGUUCAAGAUGAAAGCGUAUAGUCACAAUGACCGUGUUAGAUUCUCUCAUUAUUUAAAUCCGAAAAGGAUUCAAGAUGUGAUAUGUAGAGGGACUGAUCUGUUUGAUAUGAUUCCUGAGGAGUAUACGUUUAGGGAAAUUAUUGGGAAGCUAGGUCCGAUCCCGAGGUCUUACUCGGCUGUUCAUCUACCAAGUCAUCUGAUUGAAAAAGCUGAGAGUUAUAAGUACUUGUUACCUGGGAACUGCGUAAGGGAAAGUGGGUGAUAAAGGCUUGCGCUUAUCAGGCUUUGGUAGUUUGUUAGGUAAAUGUGGAAGGAAAUGGUACAGUUUAUUGAAGAGAGGGAUUUGAUAUGGAAUCUCUGGUGAGGGUAUAUAAACUUUGUCUGCUUAUUAAAACUGACUCAUGUUCCCAUGUUGUUUUUGGGGAAGUUUUGCUGGGAUAGUCUCUCCUCUUUCUCUUCACUUCAAAACUCUAUUUCAUACUCUCUUUACUUGUUAAUCUGUACAAUUCACUAGUGAUUUCUUUACAUUAUCCUCAUAUUCUUUUUAAUCUUUAUUUUUAAAAAUUCAUUCAUGGUUUGUUAUCCUCUUGAUCCAAUUGUUAGUUGCUUUUAAGCCUUUUCUCCCUCAUAAUGGCGCUGUGCCUGCAAAACUUAAACCAAAUAAUUUGUAAAAUUCUUGUUAUUUAAGAAAAAGUUUGACAUUAUUGUGAAAGACAACCAUUUAUUGAGUUGUUGAUUUCUCUGUUAUAUGAACUACGGUUCUUCAAGGCGGGGUAUUUGGGUGUUGUAUGUUCAUUCUCAAUAGAAAUGAUCUCAAAGUCAAUUGACUUUGCAAAGGAGUUCUUGUCACGUAUCCAUCAAACCCACUCGGUAAUGUGUUGACCAGACGUGAACUUUACCUUCUCGUUGACUUCAUCACUUCCAAGAACAUUCAUCUCAUUAGCGAUGACAUUUACUCAGGCACUAUGUUCGGGUUGAACAAUUCAUAAGUGUAAUAGAUGUAUUAAAAGAACAGAAACUCAAAAACACCAAGGUUUCUAAAAGAGUCCAUGUCGUUUACAGCAUUUCCAAGGAUCUGGGAUGCAGUGGCGGAGCUACCAUACGAUCACGUGGGUCAGAUGACCCAUGUGAAUUUUUGAAAAAAAAAAAAUUUGCGUGUAUUUCCUAUAGAAACAUAUGAUUAAUUUUACUUACUGACCCUAGUAAAACUCUUGUAUCAUCAACUUGACCCCUUUGAAAAACAUUUCUCCCUCCGCCACUGCUGGGAUGUCCUCUCCGUGGGAGCCACAUGAGAGGUCAUGAGCAUAGUGAAGUGAAAUAUUAGCAUAGAGGCCCUAUCUUGUUGUUAAAAAGAAGUUUACAUAAAAAGUCUUCAAAUUUGUAAUAUUAGCGAGAUACCACUACAUGUCUUGAGUUUCUUUUGUUAUUAAUUACUAUUGUUUUAGGUUGGCGUUCUUUAGAAACAAAAUGUAGCUUUUGUUAAAUCUCUGCAGCCCUGGUACGUGUAUAUAUAUACAUAAUAAGUCACAUAUUAUCCAAAAGAAAGAAACUAAAGUAGAUCAAAACCCAUGAACGUAAUCUGCUCCUACCACCACGGACAUUAUAUACAUCAGUCUAGUGUGACGAACACAGAGAAACAAGGCGUAUAGUAUAUAUUGUACGAAGAAUAGUCACCGUUAAAUAUUGCUGAUGUGUUGCUCUUACGCCUUAGCCCUUAUGGCGGCAGCCUCAGGUGGAGCUGUCAAAUGGUCCGUUCAUCGCCCAAUUAGACUUGCCCAAUUAGGCUUACCUAGUUAAACCAUGGGCAGUAAUGGAUGGUCUAUAAUAGACAAUAGUCCAAACAAAUGCUCAAAACCCAUAGAGAUCAUGUCUAAAUGGAUAGUCUAUGGACUACCCAAUAGAAUUUAUAAUUAUUUAUUUAUAAUUUUUAAUCGAAACUUUUAAAAUUAUACUUUCUCUCAAAAAUUACAAAACUACUUUUUCAACAAAAUUAUAAAACUUUAGUUUUUCUACGAAAACAGUAAAAUUUUGUUUUACCGCUAAAACCCAUAAAAUCUUAUUUUUCCACCAAAAUCGAGAAAUUUUGUUUUCCCACAAAAAUCAAGAAAUUAUGUUUUCCCGUCAAAACCGAAAAAUCACAUUUUCCCAUCAAAACCAAAAAAAUUAUAUUUUUCGCGAAACCGGAAAAUCAUGUUUUCCCACCAAAACCAAGAAACUAUGUUUUCCCGUCAAAACCGAGAAAUCACAUUUUCCCAUCAAAACUAAUAAAUUAUAUUUCCGCAAAACCGAAAAAUCAUGUUUUCGCCAAAACCAUAAAAUCACGUUUUCUCACCAAAACCGAAAAUUACGUUUUUCCGCUGAAACCGAGAAAUCAUUUUUUCCGCCAAAACUGAGAAAUUAUAUUUUCUGCAAAACCGGGAAAUCUUGUUUUUCGCCAAAACCGUGAAAUCAUGUUUUCUUGUAAAAUUAAAAAAUUACGUUUUCUCACAAAAAAAAUCAGAAAUUAUGUUCUUCCGCCAAAACCGUAUAUAUUCCGCAAAAACUGAAAAAUCAUGUUUUUCACCAAAACCGUGAAAUCAUGUUUUCUUGUAAAAUUAAAAAAAAUAUGUUUUCCCAAAACAAAACCGGAAAUUACAGUUUCCCGUCAAACCCGUAAAAUUAUAUUUUCCUAUCAAAAUUUUAAAAUUAUGUUUUCUCGCCAAAAUUGUUAAUUUUCUCAUCAAAGUAGUGAAAUUGCGUUUUCUGCUAAAACAAUAUUUCUCGCUAAAAUUGUAAACCUAUAUUUUCAUCAGAAUCAUAAAACUAUACUUUUAAGAGACCCACCCAUUAUCUAUUUGAUCUUUGUCCAAUCGGACCAUGGACCGCCCAAAGUGAAUUGGACUGGGCCAGCCCAUGGACGACCUACCCAGUUGACACCUCUAGCCUCGGGGCUAGCUUAACGAUCCUCGACGCAUCUAGAAGCAGCAACGUACGUGAUCUUGGUGCGGUGAACGAAAGCGCGGCUGCUUUUGAAUGGAGGUUGAAGCGUUUGGACUUGGAAACAGAUUCUUCAAGAGAAAUGAUCCAUACUCGAAGCCAAAGAGGCGAACAUAUAUAGAUCCUUCAUUCGUGAAGUGAGGUUGGUGAGUACUUACUUAAUUUGGUGAGUUGUAUUUUUUAUCAGCGGUCUAAGACAUAAGGCAUGAAAAGGCUUUUAUAUGUCUCUAUAUAUGCUCUUAAACUUCAUGUUAAAGUUCUCAUUCGUUUGACGUAAAUGAAAUUUUUGAAUCAACAAGAAGGAUUAGAAUGACAAGCAAGCAUGAUAAAAUGAGGUCCACAGUCAGUACAUAGGGUAACAUUUAUGACACGUCAACAAGACUUACAAACAUCGGUAUAGUUACAUUCUUUUUUGUUUUUAUUUGAUAACCAGUUACAUUCUUUUAAAUUUUCUAUUUAUAGUUUUGCAUGUGGACUUGAUUAGGCUGGAAAGUUGACUAAACCAUAUUUUCAUGCAAAUUUGAACGAAGAAUAUAAUACAAGCUUCUUACAAGUUAUAUGAUGAUCUGAAUAAUUCUCAAUAUAUUCUUCAUUUCACACUUCCAGUUUCGUUCUUUAACCGUAUAGACGUUGAAUAGAUAAAAGAGGAGCAUGGCGCGAGAGAGACGAACGUCCUUUAACAAGAGGCAUGUUUAUCCAACACAGACGAAUUGAGAUGGUUUUAUAAAGUCGACUUUCAACCUUCCGUAAUGUACAAGAUACCACUCAGAUAUCACUAGGGAAAGUCGCAUUUUUAAACUUCAAAGUAACAUACACACUUUAAAUAUUCAAACUUUUUGCAGUAACACUACUAACACUCAAACUGGAAAUUUUAUCAUAUCAAACCUCAAACGUGUUUCCCGCUGAAUAAAAGUCGACGGAACAGUAACUUUGUUAGAUGAUGUGGUCUUUUUCAAAAAAUAUAAAUAAAAUAAUUUUAGUGACUAUUUUAUUAUUUUAUAUAAUAUAAUAAGAUAUAUAUAGUUUCAUCAAAAUUAAGAAAAAUUAAAAAUUUGGAAAAACAAUUUUUUUUGGAAAAUGAUAACAUUUUUAAUACAUUAGAUUUUACUAAAAAUCUUUUGCAUCUCACAAUGUUGUAUUUAAAGUAAUAUUUUUGUAAGUAGAAUUUCUGCAAAAAAAUCUUAAUCUUUUCAAAACUCAUUUUUAACAUUAAAAGGUGUAAGAAGAUAAGUUUUAAAACUUAUAUUGUAUAUUAAUUGUUUUCUAAUUUUGUACGCUUUUCAUAAUUUAAAUAUUUUAUAAUUUAAUGCACUAAAAAGAUUUUUGUUUUGAAAAAAAAAAUUCGUUUUUCCCUAAAUUUUUAUCAAUUUCAUAUUUUUAUGAAAAUUAUAUAUUUUCUUAAUUAUAUAAUAAUAAUAAGAUAUUAACUAAAUGUAUUUUAAAAAUAUUUAAAUAUUAUGCUCGUUUAACGGAGUUACUGUUCCGCCUACUUUUUUUUGUGAGAAAACUUGAGUGUUAGAAGUGUUCGUUAAUCAAGUUGAAGGUUUAAACUUCGUGUAUAGUCACUUUGACGGUUAAAGAUAGGAUUUUCCCGAUAUCACUACUUGUUUUGAGCUUUUUUCUUAUUAUUAAUUUUUUAGUUUCUAUGGCUUCCUUUUUUUGUGUCUUAGAAACAAAAUGUAGCUUUUGUAAAACAUCUGCAGUCUUUGCUACGUAUAUAUAUAUAUAUCUAUAUUCACAUUUUAUCGAAAAGAAAAAAGAAACUAGAGUAGAGCAAGACUCAUAUGCACGUGAUCUGAUCCUACCCACCACGGACAUUAUAUAUAAACAGCGGUCUAGUCUGAUGAACAACGAGGAAGAAGGCGUAUAGUCGUCCUUACGCCUUAGUUCAAAUGGCGUCAGCCUCAGGGCUAGCUAACGAUUCUCGACGCAUCUAGAAGCAGCAACGUACGUGGUCUUGGUGUGGUGGACGAAAGCGCGGCUGCAUUUGAAUGGAGGUUGAAGCGUUAGGACUUGGAAACAGAUUCUUCAAGAGAAGUGAUGCAUAUAUACUCGAAGCCAAAGAGGCGAACAAAGAUCCUUCAUUCGUGAAAGUCAUGAUAAAGUGAGGUUGGUGAGUACCUACUUAAUUUGGUUCGUUAUAUACUUAUAUCAGUUGUCUAAGAGCGACAUAAGGCAUUAAAAAGGCUUUUAUAUGUCUAUAUAUGUUCUUAAAUUUCCAACUUGCAAUUUCUUACUUUCUCAUUCGUUUGACGUGUAUAAAAUUUUUGAAUCAACAAGAGGGAUCUAGAAUGACAAGCAAGCAUAAAAAGGUGGGGUCCACAGUCAGUAUGUGUAUAUAUGGGGUAACACGUGAACGAGACCUACAGACAUCGAUAGUUAUAACAGUCUUUUUGUUUUUAUUUGAUAACCAAGUUGACAUUCUUUUAAAUUUUAAAUUUAUAGUUUUGCAUGUUGACGUGAUUAGGCUGGAAAAAAUGACUAAACCAUAUUUUCAUGCAAAAUUGAACGAAGAAUAGACAAUUCUGAGAAUAUAAUACUGGUUACAUGAUCUGAAUGAUUCAGGUUCUCAAGAUGUUCUUCAUUUCACACACUUCCAGUUUCGUCCUUUAACCUGUUACCCGUAUAGACGUUGAAGAGAUAAAAGAAAGUGACAGACCAGUCAACAGAGUGAAGUGGAGCAUGGCGCGAGAUAGACGAACAUCCUCUAACACGUGAAGGCAUGUUUAUCCAACCCAGACUACUUGAGAUGGUUUUUUAAAGUCAGACGACUUUCAACCUUUCGUAAUGUACAAAGAUACCACCACUUGUCUUGAGUUUUUUUUUUGUUAUUAUUAUUUUUUCGGUUCAAUGGCUUUCUUUAGAAACAAAAUCUGCAGCCUUUGGUACGUGUAUAUAUAUACAUAUAAAGUCACAUAUUGUAUGAAGAACGUCACCGUAAAUUUGUGUGAUAGUGUGAUGAACACCGAGGAUCAUAGUGUGAUGAACACCGAGGAUCAAGGCGUAUAGUCUAUAUUGUAUGAAGAACGUCACCGUAAAUUUGCUGAUGUGUUGCUCUUACGCCUUAGCCAUAAUGGCGGCAGCCUCAGGCUAGCUAAAACGAUCCUCGACGCAUCUAGAAGCAGCAACGUACGUGAUCUUGGUUCGGUGGACGAAAGCGCGGCUGCGUUUGAAAAGAGGUCGAAGCGUUUGAACUUGGAAACAGAUUCUUAAAGAGAAGUGAUCCUUCAUUCGUGAAAGUGAUCAUGAUAAAGUGAGGUUGGUGAGUAGGUACUUAAUUUGGUGAGUAAUAUUUUUUUAUCAGUUGUGUAAGAGGGACAUAAGGCAAACCUAGGCUUUGUAUAUGUCUAUAUAUGUUCUUCAACUUCAUGUUAAAUUUCGAAUAUUUCUUACUUUCUGAUUCGUUUGACGCAUAUGAAAUUUUAGAAUCAACAAGAGGGAAUAGAAUGACAAGCAAGCACGAAAAGAUGGGGUCCACAGUCAAUACAUGGGGUGGCAUAUCAUGACACGUCAACGGGACCUACGGGCGUCGUUAUUAUAGUUACAUUCUUUUUGUUUUUAUUUGAUAACCAAUUAAGUUGACAAUUUUCUAUAUACAUAUAAAAAGUUGAAAAAGUGGGGUCCACAGUCAAUACAUGGGGUGGCAUAUCAUGACACGUCAACUAGACCUACGGGCGUCGUUAUAGUUACAUUCUCUUUGUUUUUAUUUGAUAAAAACGAGGUGGCAUAUCAUGAUGACACGUCAACGGGACCUACGGACGUCGUUUUAGUUACAUUCUUUUUGGUUUUAUUUAUUUGGUAACCAAGUUGACACAUUCUUUUAAAUAUAUAUAAUUUUUUUUGACUAAAGGCUUGACGUUCUUUUAAAAUUUCUAUGAUAGUUUUGCAUGUGGAAUAUAAUAAAACGCGGACAUAUUAAGAUGGUGGCGAUUUUCAAACUUCCGUACUGUACAAGACACUACUCAUAACACGAAUAUAACUAUUUGUUUCGAGUUUUUUCUUUUCAUUUUAAUCGCGUAAAACAAAUGUGUGAAGAAGGCCUCAAAACGCAAUCGCUGAUACUUUGACGCAGUAAAAACGUUUGACUAAACUUCUUUACGACGCAGUAUAUAACAGAAGAAGAGAGAGCGAAAGCUUCAGAAGAAGAGAGAGAGCAAAAGCUUGAGAGAGAGAGAGAAAGAGAGAAAGCCAAAGCGGAGGCGAAGGUUGGAGAAUCGAUUAGGAGUGGUUGAUUUCGAGCGGCCAUGGCGUCGUCUUCUAGUUCGGAGCGAGUGGCAUCGGAGAUUACACCGGCGGAUUCUAGGGUUUUACAAAACGCUAUGAGCGAAGGAGUUGAGGAGAAGCGGCUCAAGGAAGCGGGGUCUAACGAAGAAGAAUCUGAGGUUUGCCUUAUUGAUUCUUGGAUAAAUUCUUGAAUUUGUUCUAAGUUCAUAUACGUUGUUGCAUUGCUCGUGCUGAUUUGGUUUGCUUUGUGGAAUGUUUCUAUUUGUGGAAUGUUCAUUUAUUUUAUUUAUCAAAUGUUGUGUGAUUUGGCCCUGUGUAGAUCGUCGCUGAUAGCAAACACAAGAUGGAUCUCUCUGCGUUAGCUGAAGUGAAGAACCGAGAAGAUAGCUUGAGAUUGCUAAAGAGUGCAUCUCUAGUGUAAGACCGAGAUUAAUGAUCUGUGAUUUGGUUACUGAUUUUUAAUUGUUCUUCUUUGGUUUGUCCUCAGCAAGAGAUUGAUGAUCUCGUUGCGGCUACAAAGAGAUUAGUUGUAGAAAGCUCAGAAGCUGGAUUUGAUGAAGACUCGAUCAAGAAGAGGGAUAAAGCUGCCCUUAUUGCUUCCAUCGCCAAGCUUGAAUCUGAGUUGCAUGAGAUUCGUGCUGAAGGCCAAGAGGAUAUUCUCGUUUGCCCCAACUUUUAUCCUACGGGUCUGAGUAAGAAUGUCAAGACUGAUGCAGAAGCACUCGGAGGUUCUUCUGUUCAAGAACCCAAGAUAGAUUGGAAGCUGACGGCUGAGAUAGACUUCACAAGCCCCACUAGUACGCCGCCAGCUUUCAUCAAUAUUGUAGAUCAUCCAUGCUUGUUGUGGGAUGUCAAAUACCCUAAGAAAGACUUGACUUCAGAGACGAAUUGAAGGCCGGGGAGGCCCGGUCCGAAACCAGGGGGAUCAUGACAAUUGUUGGACUUACUCGGCCACCGAUGUCUACAGCUCCCAUCGAUUGAGAAACGAAGAAGACGAGGCUUUUCGCGUUAUGAGCGCGAGAUAUCUAACAUUUUACGUCAGUAAGGAAGAGCGAGAGAGGGAACGUAGACAUGGAGAUAGGAAUACACACCAUUGCCACGGAUUCAGAGUAAUACAUGGUCUCAGAUUCAUAAAGGAGCAUGGGGUUCCAGAAGAAUCUCCUCGGGAUGCUAAAACUGAUUACAGCUGCAUUAAAAAUCCGCCAUCUCGAACUCAAAAAUUGUUCCAUUUUGGUGCUGACGUUGAGUUCAUGGAGUCAGAUAAAAUUGAAGACUUGCAGAAGAUGCUUCUGCACCAGCCUGUCUCUGCAAAUAUGAUUCUCUACUACCCGGAAUACGAUAAAAUUCUUACGUUAGAGGAAAUCUAUGAAGGACCUACCUCAGAAAAAUCAUUGUAUGGGGGAAUUCAUGCGGUCUUGGUUCUUGCCAUUAUAAGGUUUCUAGGGAAGUUGGUGGCGCUAGUUAAGCUCAGCCAUGGAACCAAAGCUGGUGAAUCCGGCUACAUGUACGUAUCUCUGAGCAAGAUGAUCGUGAAUGUCGAGUACUCUGUCGAAAAAAAUCUUCUUUGUCAACUCAAACGUAAAACAGAAGACGCCAUAGCUGAACCGUCGUAUCUUCUUCGGAACUUUACGGGUGUGAAUUAUGGUGAUAGUCCAGUUGCAGUUGCAAGGACAAGUAAAAAGAGGAAGCUAAACUGAAACGAGAAAUGUUUUGAACUCGAG